CUUCCCUGUCGAAUUCUCCCUCUCUGCGAGCGCUGUUCUGAACGAUCGCCGUCGAGCUGAGUCAAAGCUCUUUCUCCGACUCGUGCUCGUCGCGCCUUCAUCUCCUCUCCCACCGACUCAAGCCGAUCGCAACUUCUUUUCCCGUGUUGCAAUUUCUUCGCGUCGCAACGACAAGCCAGCCUAGUCCUGUUCAUCGAUUUUCUCUCCCCUUGGUCUCACGUUCUCGCCCAGCGACUGAAAAGCCAUGGGCAGAAACAUCUCACAUGGUCGCGGUGGCGCAGGGAACAUCUUUUCCGGCUCUGGCGCAUCGCGCACCUCCCCGAAGGAUCUGGUUACCCCGACCAUCAAACAAGAUGUCUUCACCACAGGCCGCGGCGGCUCCGGCAACAUGAUGCAGAAUGACCCGCAGCACCCCGAAUUGGCGCGCGAACUGCAAGACGUCGAGACCCCGCCGUUGCGCAUGGAGGAGGCGCCGCAUCAUACUGGACGAGGCGGUGUCGCAAACGCAUACUUCCCCACCCCCGAAGAAGAGAGACGCAUGCGCGAACAAGGCGAGGCUCAGCUGGCUCGGGUGAAGACUCAAGAAGCUCAAUUGGCGCGAGUGAGAACCCAGUCCAAGGAUCGGAGGAAGGAUCUCGAACACACGGCCGGGGCUGGCCCUGCUGUUAGCUCCGGGGCGCUCAGUAGCGACAAUCGCCGUUCCAGCGAGGAGCGACAGCCGUCGUCCAGUUGACUAGCACACGUUUGGAGUUGAGUCUGGAGUCCGAUCUACCCCGUCGUCGGUCGGUACUUGGCAACACUGGCAGAUGAUGGCGUGGGGGCAGGUUUUUUCAGAAAGAGAGCGGUCUCGGUUGGGUUUCUCACCCACUUGCUCUUAUAAUCCUGCCCCGGUCGGGGCUUCUAUAUUCUUCUUCCAAACACAUGUAGCGCAUUUGGACUCUUGGUUGGUCGCUAGGAGUAUAUGAUUCAUGGUCAACUGAUUAUGAACGGGGCAGCUGCGACUCCUAUCAAGGAGGGAGUUCGCAAAUGCUGCAGAUGGUGGUUGGCACAUUUUGCUGCUGCUGCUGAUUCUCCUUGAGACUUUCUUUCUCUCCCCCCAACUCUUUUGAUUUCCCUUUCCUGC